CAUCUGGGAGCAGCCCAGCAAGGACACGCCACUGAGCCAGGAGCUCUGGGGCUGCAGCAGCAGCAGCCAACUGCCACUUUAUAAAACCAAGGCUCACCCUGUGCGUCUCCUCCCCAUGACAGGCUACCACUGCCCCUUUAGCUCUGCACUGCAGCCGGACGAGGAGCUGGUGGGCAGGUGGACACACACCAGGCACAUGGACCAAGGCCUGGCGGCCCCAACGCCCAGGGACUGGGGAUUCCGCAGCAGCCGCAUGGAGCCGAUCGAGUGCAGAGAUGUGUUGGUGCAGAAUGCACUCUUCACCGGGGACCUGGAGGCGGUGCGGAAGCAUUUCACCGACAGCGCUGCCGUCAACCUCAUCAUUGAAUCCAAGGGUGACGAGCUCCGGUGGACCAGCUGGAAACUUGGACUGUGGUCGCUGACCUACGAGCAGGAGCUCACCAGCCCGCUCCACAUCACGGCUGGGCGCGGCUACUUGGACUGCCUCAGGCACCUGCUGCUGAGGGGAGCUGCCGUGGACUUCGCACCUGGUGGCAAGACAGCUCUGCACGAGGCCUGUGCGGCGGCCAGAACGGACUGCGUGCGCCUGCUGCUGUCCUUCGGGGCUGACCCCAAGACUGUCUCUGAGGCUGGCUACCAGCCCCUGCACCUCUGCAAGAGCCCAGCCUCCAUCCAGUGUGCGCAGCUGCUGCUGCAGUAUGGUGCCAGCGUGAACAGCCAGACGGAGGAGGAAGAGGACACAGCGCUGCAUGUGGCGGCACGGUUCGGCCUGGAAGAGCAUGUCCAGCUGUACCUGCGCCAUGGAGCGGGGCUGGAGGACAAGAACGAGGAGGGUCAGACUCCUUUGAAUGCCGCCUGUGCCCAGGCGCACCCACCCGAGGACAUGGAGCGCUACUAUCGCGUCUGCCAGCAGCUGGUGCAGAGCGGUGCCAACAUCGAUGCUGCGGACCGGGACCGGCAGCGCCCACUGCACCAGGCCUGCAAGAAUGCCAGCGCCCGUGUGGUGGAGCUGCUGCUGGCCCACGGCGCCAGUGUCAACAUCAUGAGCUACAGCGGCAACACGGCCAUGCACAACAUCUUGCAGGUGGCCGCCUAUAAGCUGGGGCACCAUCCAGAGCUCGUGGUGCGGGCGCUGCUCAACCACGGCUCCAUACGCAUCUGGCCCGGGGCCCUCAUCAAGGUGUUGCGCUACUGCUGCUCCUCGCCUCGCACCAUCGAGGUGCUGAUCAACAGCUAUGACCGUGUGCGGGUCACUGACGAGUGGGCAGAGGCUGUCCCAGCUGAGAUCAUGCAGAAGCACCCAGAUUUCUACGAGUCACUCUUCUCCCUGGGGCAGAGGCCCCGCUCCCUGCAGCACCUGGCCCGCUGUGCACUCAGGAGCUACCUGGAGGGUCGGCUGCUGCAGGUCUUGCCUGAGCUGCACCUGCCAUCUUCCCUGCACCAGUUUCUGCUGCUCAGCUUCGAGGACAUUCUCUACUAGGGGCCUGGAGCCUGGAUUGAGCCACCUCUAAAUCCUUUUCUUUAUUUGCUUUGAAUUCUUGUGCCCUGCCCUGCCUGUGAAAGCCCUGCCUUGCCCUCCCCCCUCAUACCAGCCAAAGCCAGCCCUUCUGUGCCCAUUUCCACCCAUGCCAGCCUGGGCCCUAGUCUGCACUUUGUUCUCCCAGCUCAGACUCCCUCUGCCCACACCAACCCUCCCCAUCCCGUGCCAGCUGGCUCUAUUGCUGUAGCCUAUGAUGGGGUCCUGCCUUUCGUGGGGCCACUGCGCUGGCCCUGCUUUGUAUUAUGGAGAUUUGGGAAUAAAUCCUGGUGUUUGUAUGCCCUGGUUGGCACGUGUCAGUCCUUGUCA